GCAGCCGCGUCCCGAGGCCGGUUAGCUGAGCAGCAUGCGGAACGCGACCCCGAGCGAGGAGUCGGGGCUCAACCUCACGCUCGCGGACCAAGGCUGGGACGGUUCCCCUGGCAACGACUCGACGGCCGAAGAGCCGCUGCCACUCUUCCCCGCGCCGGUGCUGGCGGGCGUCACGGCCACCUGCGUGGCGCUGUCCGUGGUGGGCAUCGCCGGCAACCUGCUGACCAUGCUGGUGGUGUCGCGCUUCCGUGAGCUGCGCACCACCACCAACCUCUACCUGUCCAGCAUGGCCUUCUCCGACCUGCUCAUCUUCCUCUGCAUGCCCCUUGACCUCGUCCGCCUCUGGCAGUACCGGCCCUGGAACUUCGGCGCCUUGCUCUGCAAACUCUUCCAGUUCGUCAGUGAGAGCUGCACCUACGCCACCGUGCUCACCAUCACCGCGCUGAGCGUCGAGCGCUACUUCGCCAUCUGCUUCCCGCUGCGGGCCAAGGUGGUGGUCACCAAGGGCCGGGUGCGGCUCAUCCUCCUGGUCAUCUGGGCCGUGGCCUGCUGCAGCGCCGGGCCCAUCUUCGUGCUGGUUGGCGUGGAGUAUGAGAACGGCACCGACCCCCGCGACACCAGCGAGUGCCGCCCCACCGAGUUCGCAGUGCACUCGGGGCUUCUCGCGGUCAUGGUGUGGGUGUCCAGCGUGUUCUUCUUUCUGCCCGUCUUCUGCCUCACGGUCCUCUACGGUCUCAUCGGCAGGAAGCUGUGGCAGCGGCGCGGCGGCGCGGCGGUGGGCGUCUCGCUCCGGGACAAGAGCCACGCGCAGACCGUGAAGAUGCUGGCUGUAGUGGUGUUUGCAUUCAUCCUCUGCUGGCUGCCCUUCCAUGUAGGGCGGUAUUUAUUCUCCAAAUCCUUUGAGCCGGGCUCCCUGGAGAUUGCUCAGAUCAGCCAGUACUGCAACCUUGUGUCCUUUGUCCUCUUCUACCUCAGCGCUGCCAUCAACCCCAUUCUCUACAACAUAAUGUCCAAGAAGUACCGGGUGGCAGUGUUCAGACUUCUGGGAUUCGAACCCUUCUCCCAGAGAAAGCUCUCUACUCUAAAGGAUGAAAGUUCUCGGGCCUGGACAGAGUCCAGUAUCAACACCUGACUCAGCGCAUUGCUGAGCACAGUCA